AAUGUAAUAAAGAAAGACAGAUAAAAGAGAUUCGGACACCAUGGUAUCCAAUGUAAGGUAAACAAAACUAGUGUCUGCAGCAGCACCUCUUGACGCUUCGUAAUGGAUAAUAACCAGAGUCCUGAGUCGGAGACAAAACCCUGUGAAUAUGACCCUAAUGUUAAUCAAGAUGAACUCAUCAUGGCACAAGAAAAACAGAUAGCAGAGGAGAUAAAAGCCAAUAUUGCCAUGGUUGGAGCUCUAGAAGGCUUAUCUUCUCUUGAAAAAGAAUAUUCUAAUGAUCCAGUAUAUUCCAGUAAGGUAGUAACACUGCUGCCAAAAUUCUCAAAUGUCCGCCGAACACGACCAGAUGGGAACUGUUUCCUCCGAGGUUUUAUUUUUGCAUAUUUAGAAUAUUGCAUUUAUCACAGAGAUGAAUUGGAAAGAUUCAAGAAAUACCUUGAAGGAAGCAAGGACGAACUUUUCAAAAUGGGCUUUCCAGAAUUCACAACAGAAGAUUUUCAUGAUAUGUUCAUGCAAGUUGUUAAUGACUUAGAGGGGAGUGGCAGUGUUGGGAGAGUUGAGGCCAUUAUCAAUGAUGCUGGCACAUCAGAUUAUCUUGUGGUUUACCUCCGCCUUCUAAUCUCUGCUCAUUUGCAGAAGAAUGCAGAGUUCUUUAGUUUUUUUAUUGAAGGUGGUAGAACUGUAGAAGAAUUUUGUAAACAGGAGGUGGAACCAAUGUACAGGGAGUGUGAUCACCUUCAUAUAGUUGCUCUUACUGCUGCCCUAGGUGUGGGUGUCCGAGUCAUGUACCUAGAUAGAGGAGAGGGUGCAGCUGUUGCAACACAUGAUUUCCCUGAAGACAAAGAGCCAAUCAUUCACCUUUUAUAUAGACCUGGGCAUUAUGAUAUAUUGUAUAAGGCAUAAUACUUUUGUGACUUAGAUUCUUUUCUCUUUUUAUAUAAGUAGGUUAAACAUUAUAGUAUUUCACUCUCUUGGCUUUUGAGUAUCACUUGUUCUUGAGAAUCCACAGUUAUUUUUUUGGAAUCUGCAAUUGAAUUUCCAUUUUUUUUCUAGUUUUAUUUGAAUCUUGAUUCUCCCAAUAAAAAAAUGUGCUUAGGUCUUCAACAAUCAAGUAUUUCCCCUAAUAUAUGAGUUUUUUUUAUGAAACAAAGGUUAAAAGAAAUUAUAGAAAUACUUAGUACUCUCUGGCAACAAUGGGAAUAUAGAAAUAAAAAUGUAGAGAGGGUUAAAAAUGCCUUUUUAUAAAGCUACAGUUACAAGCAUUUAGCUGAUAUUGUUUUUUGUUAUGCAGGUUGUGAAUUUCUAAAAGAACCUUGGUCAUGCAAAACGAUGUUUUAAAAUAGUGCUUUUACAGUGUGGUGUGUUUGAUGCUAUGUAUCUGUCCUUGAUAUGAGGUAAGUAAAGUUAAUUUAUGUUGAUUAGACCAAGAUAGGCAUGGCUAGGCUAUUGCAAGAAGUGCAUUGAUGAACUACUUGGAUCAUAUGGAUUAGAGUUCCACAUUUAGGAACGGAGACUGUGUGUAUGAUCAGUAAGAUAAAAAAUUUACGUACAAUUAAUAAGUUACUUAGAGUAUUACCCACUAAUACCUUUAGUAUAUACAUGGAACAUUUUUAAAUGUCUAAAAAGGCAGUGGUUGGUCAAGAGUUCCAAGUUAAAAAUGGAAACUGUGCAAGAACAGUAAGCAAUGAAUUUUACAAUCGAUUAGUUGUUUUGAGAUCUGCCCUUAAUACCUUUGUAUAACAAAGAAGUUGAAACUUUUUGACCGAGUUGAAGAAUAUUUUAGUGGAAAUUAAGAGCCAGGACAGUUGUUAUGCAGAGGAGCUCUACAUAAUUCAGAAGGAACUGCUCAGGGUAGAAGCAUAUGGUUUUAUCUAAAGAGUACAUGGAGCUUCUUGAAGGCAGACCAAACCAGGCCACUGAGAUGAGCCUCCUGGGAUAUACUGGUACUUUUUGCUUCUGUAGCUAAAAUAGUGAUGGAUUUAUGUUGUUUCAUUUUCAAAAAUUUCAAGCCUUAGUAGACUGUAGGAGUAAGAAAUGAUGAGAUUAGAUGAAAUCGGUUCUAAAAAAAAAAAAAAAAAAAAAACUUUUCAUUAGCCCAUUUAGAAUUUCUCCACAGAUUGUAUGAAUUUAGGGCAUCAAAUUUCCUACCAUCAGGAUGCUUCAAUCUUGGAGAUGCGCCCCACUUCUGGCCAGCAAAAUGUUAAAAAAAAAAACAUGCUAACAUGAGAUGAUGGCUUUGAUUUGAUUGGUGUGCACUGGAAAGCCAUGACCAGUAGAGCAUAGUGUUUACAGUGUCAUAGUUUUAUUAUUUAUUAAAAAAUACUGUACAGUACUAUUAUGUUUUUUCAACAGAUUACAAAGUAACACAAGAAAUGAGCUGUCCAGUCAUGUCGUUUCAGAAAUUUCUUAACUAACAGCAUCUCAGUUCGUGUAAUGAUGGGGCUACAACUGUUGAGGUACAUUUGAUUGUACUAGACUUACACAACUGUUUUUUUAAUCUCGGAUAAAGGAAAUCUAAAUACUGCAGUAGGAAAUACAGGUACUCCUCAUUUAACGACAUACUCGUUUUACGACAACUUGGAGUUACGACAACAACAUGAAGAGAGAGAAAAAAACCAUAAAAUGAAAAUAAAAACAUUGCUAAUGGUGGCCAAGAGAAAGGCUAUUCAGUGCCAAUAAUCUAGCCUAGCCUAGGUUUUGAAAACUUUGAAAUCUUUGGCUAAAACAAUAAGUAAGGUUUUAAAGGUUUUAAUAUACAGUGGUCCCCGUAUUCCCGAGGGAUACAUACCUCCCCCCCCCCCCCAUGAAUAGUUAGAUCCCUUGAACAGUUGGAACCCCUAUAAAGAUUUUUAAAACCUCCUAUUUUGUUAGUUAAAACUCAAGAAAAACCCACUACAAAUUUUUAUACUAUAUGGUUUUUUAACAGUUAUAUUACAAAAAAAUGCAUUUUAUGAUGACAUUGAUAAAAAAAACCCAGGAAUUUGUGGAUAUUUCUCAUAGAAAAUUACUGCGAAUAGGGAAAUUUUCCGUGAAUAAUGCGGGGAAAUGUUCCCGAGAGAAAUCUGCGAAUGUGUGAGUCUGCAAAUCCGGAGAAUGGGAAUACAGGGAGUCCACUGUACUUUGUAAAGAAAAGCUGUACAGUUGAACCUCUUAAAGUCUGCAUUCUACGGUCUGGGAAAACUCUGGUUGGCUUGAUUCAGUUGCCAUUAGUUUGUUGUGCAACUGAACAGGUGGCACCACGUUUGUUUACAACUUCAAGACAGCAAAAAUUACGCCAGAUCUCCUUGUUUUAGUGAGAAUAAUUCUCAGUAAUGAAAAGAAAAUGUGUGAAUUCUUCGUAGUGAAAAGAAAAUGUGUGAAGUCACAUAUGUUUUUUAUAUGAACUUGAAAAUAAAUAUAUUUUUUAAAAUAUUCCACUUCAGAAGUCUACCAAGUCAAUCUAUUAAUCAAAACAAUGAAACAAUUGGCAUGCAUGAACUCCUUACUCUUAGUAUGCUUGAAAGGCUUAAAUGUAAUACAGUUUGAUAAUUUUUUAUACAACUGUGUAUUUACAUACGUAUUAAAUAUGUAACCCAUGAGACCAGAUGAUACUAGAGGUAAGAAGUGCAAACAUAAAUCUUUAUCAAUGUUAGAAAAUGCUUAUCCCAUUAGCGACAUUAGCGAAUAGUUUAGUGUUUACUUUCCUCAUUAGGUGGCAUUGUGCUUUGUUUACCUUUUUACGGCGAUAUUCAAAUGCCCUAUGAUCGCUGAAAUUCAUUCAUUAUUUCUUUCAUCUCACUACCCAGUACAAUAAAAAUAAAUGACGAAUAAACUAAUAGCAAUAAUUAUGAAAUUCCAAAUUUAGAAUAUGAAAGUCACUGCUAAAUGAUGUGCAGAUUCUGAGAAAAAUUUAGUAUUGGAUUGACUGACUUGUAGGCUAAAUGUGUUAAAUAAAGUACACUAUUUUAAAGAAAAUUAUACAUUAUAUGAAGUUAUGAAAUGAAGUUAAAAUGUAAUAAAGCAUUGUCAGAACUUUGCCAAGUAGUAGGCUAUGUCAGAAACUAGUUCUGUGUAUAAUAUAUGACUGAAACUUAAUGCUAUUAGUCAAAAUAAAGGGAAUAACGUGUUUAACGACGUGGUCGCUGGAACGGAACCCAGUCUUUAAACGAGGAGUAUCUGUAUUAGAAAUAUUAAAUAAAGUUUUACUGCAAGGUUACACUUUAACAAAUAUAGUGCAAAUAUGACACUGUAAAUAGAAAAAAAUAAAAAUCAAAUAAAGACUAAAAUCCUGACAAUAUAAAUUCUGUAAAAAAAGUAAUUGAAAUUUUAAUCUUCAAAACCUAAAAAUAUUUCAUGCAUUGUUUCCUCCAGCUUGCGCUAGAAGAUUAUCCUAUUGUUAAGACUGAAGGUUUGUUAGCUAUGAAAAAUACAAAUUUAUUAAAAAAUUUGUCAUAUUUCUGAAGAAACUAUCCUAGAAUAGCAAUUAGUGCCAUAUAUAUUUCCGCUUUUAAGACAACCUUUAAAUCCUAAAAUUCACCCUUAAAAUCUGGGGUCAUCUUACACUGCAAUUCUAAAAAUCAAACCUUGAAUUCUAAGUUGUGUAAUGGUAGGCUAGCCUCAGUCUUGGUGCAAUAACCACCAACAUACAUGAAGAUUCACAUUAUGAAAUAAACUGAUAAUAAAGGUAUUAAAACCAUUAUUACCUUAUAUGUUAUUGGCAUAUCUUCAUAUCAAAUAACCUACUUGACAAAUAAUUCUCUAUCAAGAAACCAACUUUUAUCUAUGAGAUCCCAGCUGAGAAAAUGUAAACAUUGAGUUACGGUUGCACUCACAACCUUUAUGUUUCGGUAACCUAACAGAGAUUUCAAUGAUAGUGUUAUUACGGUAGUAAUAAUAUUGAGGAUAACAUCAUAUUCAUUAUUCAUUAAAAGUUCCUCAACAUAUAAAAAAAAUUCAUCACAUAUGCCACCACCAUUGGGAUUCCAGUCGGAUUCUGGUGAGUCAACUUUGUCUCCAUUAUCACUAUCAUACAAAUCAUCUUCGGUACCAUUCAUGGCAUUUUUUAAAUGAUUUCAUGACACUUUCUGCUUUCACGUUCCCCCAUGCUUUUGUAACAAAAUCGCAGCAAACAUCAAGAGAGGCAGCACACAAAGCUGUUUGUAACUGUACAACAAUUCAGUCACAUGAACGAUAAUUAUCGUACAUUAUUGUAUUGUUAUUAGCAGUUGUUUGUGAAUGGCAAUGAAACUUAAACAAAACCUUGGGUUCCCCUUCAGGCAACGUAUGUAUGAAAAACAUGAUAUAGAAUUGGCUUUGUUAAACCCAGCUUUUAUAAUUUAUGAAAAGAAAGUAUCCGAAUUGAGUUCCAUUCAGCAACUAAAGACUGAUAAUGGCGGUAAAACGAGAUAAGCUGAUUAUUUUAAGACUAAACAAAACCAGAAUGAAAAGACUAAACAAAACCAGAAUGCAAAUGGCGCAUCAUCGCUCUGUUCAUAUAUAUUGUAUUACAAUAAUACAUGCAAUAUGAUUAGAUACAGUAAAACAAGUGUCAUUAAAAUUAUCAUUAUUCUCAAUACAACUAUUAUUCAACUUUUGAAAUUAAUAUAUACGUGUAACAACCUAACCAAGGCAAUAGUCUCUCUGUCUUUCCAUUUCAUCAACUGUAUACUAAUGAUACUCCACUCUCCACUAAAAAAAAAUCCGGUGGUUAUAAUUCUGGAUGAAGCAAUUGUAAACCUGUACUGACAUAAACAACCGAAUUGAGAAAUAGCUGAUUGCUGACAUCAUUGACCGUAACUAACAAGCGUUUAGUAAGAUCUCCGUUAAAAUUGUCAAGUUUUAAACCUUGCCAAUUUUCAAUGGCAGCUUACAUAAGUAAAAAUAAAAUACAUCUUUGUCCAUCCCUCAUGCAACGGAGAUCUCAAGAAAGAAUAGUGAAUUAAAGCUGCAGGUUAUAGCCAAGGCUGAAUAAAACGAAUAACGGCAAGGCGAAAGUGAUGUCCAGAACUGGAGAAAUCACACCUAAUGCUUAUACAAUGAAGUAAUACUGUAUGUGCACAUUUUCAACCAAACUCCAUUGAUUUACAAGAAAAGACAUCUCUGAAUUAUAUUUCUUCUAACAAUUAAUGGCAAUAAAGAUAUCAAUAACACUCGAUCAGCUGAUAUUUUGAGAAUGUAAACUAUAUCAAAUGCAAGUGGUGUACAUGACUAUUAUUAUAUUCUGUAAUAAUAGUAACUAUAAUAAAAGUAGUAGUAAUACUGUAAUGGGAUACAGCAAGUAAACCAACCUUUAUUUGUCGUCAUUAUUAUAAAUAUAAUUGUAUUGUUUAACUUUCGCAAGUAUGUAGUAUGUACUGGUAACCACUUUUCUCCCAAAAAAAUUUCGCCUUUGUAAUUUAGAUGUCGUCUUAUAGUACAGAUAUGAGAUAGAUUCAUGAAAAUUUGCCAUAUCUUUUUGCCUGGUCUUAUCUAAAGGUUGUCUUAUACAGGGAAAUAUACGGUAUACAGUGGAACCCCCGCCCCCGCAAAUAGCGAGAAUCUGCGAACACUUGGAACCCCUAUAAAAACGCGCUAAAACUGCCUAUAUUUUGUUCAUUCAAACUCGAGAAAAACCCACUAAAACUGCUUAUACUUGGUUUUUUAAUAGUUUUAUCACAAAAAGUGCAUUUAAUCAUGAAAUUGAUAUAAUAAUUCUUAUAGAAAAAUACGGCAAAUACGUUAAUUUAUCAUGAGUAAUGGGUGUAAGUAUAAGGUCCAUAGAGAAGUCCGCGAAUUGCGGGGGUUGACUGGAUUACAAAACUUCCAGUUUGAUUGUAGUAUUCUUGCCAAAUUACAAUUUACCAGUAAGCCCUUAUAGCAUGUUGCAGUUGUACUUUGUCAAUUAGUAAUGUUUCCUUAAAUUCAGGGAUAUUGGAGAAAGGGAAAAUACUGGUAAUAUUGAUGUACAAUAAUUAGGUUACUGCUCAGCUGUUAACUAGUUUACUACUGUAAUCUGGCAACAUAAGGAAUCUUUGUGACUGUUUAUACCUAUUUUGUUUUUAUGAUACUUAUAUUUAUUUACUAUUUUAACUAAGAAUGAUUUUUGCACUUCAUUGAGAGGUCAUGUACAAAAGUUUUGAUUACUGUCAAGCAAAGAUAACCUUCCCUUGGGGUUAAAAUGAAGGAAAACGUAACCUUGACAUACGCUUGACAUAUGGGCAAAUUUCCUUGUUUUAUUAUAAGAAAAAGUGGUUGACAUUGGGAAAUGUGGUAAUUGCUGUUAUUUCUCAGUGAUGAGAUCUCUAUGCAUGCACUCAUUAGGCCAUGACAGACUUUAAUCAAUAACAGAACAACAACAUAUUUACAAAGUAGAGUUUAAGAUCACUGGUUUGUUCAUUUGUCUUUUUCAGACUUGGUUGUAAAUUUUCACUGUGAUUAAAAGGCAUUGACAAGACCCAUUACAUUAAUGCAGAAAUUAAGGAAAACCUUAGAAGUGGAACUUCUAUUUUUUUUCUAAAGAUUCCUAGGAGUGUAUUAAAAAAUAAAAAGACAAAUUAUGAAAUGACCCAUUUUAGUGAAUUUUAAAGUGAUGUUCAGACAAGCAGGUGGCAUUAAGUUAGGACCCAAGCACAAGAUAUGAUCAGUUUCGUCACUUAUGAAAAACUUUUCUUAUUUAAAACAGUUGUUUUAUACCUUACCUCUCAAAGCCAACAAUCACAUGUAGAGAUAGCUUACUUUUCAUAAUUAAAAUUGACACCAGUACUUUUUCAGACCUAUUAUAAUUUUUCUCAGCACUGCUAGUAGUCUCAUGUUUAUGUCUCUUCACCGGCUUUUUUUCUUACAUUACCUCAUUCACAUAAUGUAUUACAGUAUUAUGAUUGUCACUAAACUUAUCUCACUGAUUGUUGAUUGUAUCUUAUUUUAUGUUCCUUCCAUUGUUACAUUACUAUAAUAGGUCUGUUAAUUAGCUACAGUUAAUGUUAAUAUAAGAUUUUUGCAGUUCUGUAUAUUAGCUUUAGCUGGAUAUAUAGAAUUCAUACCAGUAUUUAUACAUACAUAUAGACAGGAGUAUUUUUAACCUGUUGUUUUUAUUUUGGUCAAGGUAGGCAUUUUAAGUCUUAGAAAUGAAAGUUGGAUGGAUUGCAUUCAUCUCAAGCUUUAUGAGAAAUUAGUAACUUAUUUUGAUUUGUCUGUUUGAAUGUCUGUAGAACUUGAUUAUCAGAGCUGUGAUAAAACACUGUAAUAUGAGAGAUACAGUUUUUAAUUAUUUAGUUAAACUUUGUAUAGAUUUCUUAUGGAAGUACAACUUAACUUUCUUAUACAUUGUGGUAUCUAAGUGUUUAGCAGAUAAAUUAGAAAUUUAAAUGUAUAUUGUUUGCAUAAUACAGUAUCUCAUGGAACACAUUUAAAUAAAAUCAAAAUUUGG